AUAAUAGCAAAACAGUGUAUGAAUUCUUCAACAAGUUUGUGCCAUUAGGCGUGCCGUAACAGCUGCCGAUCUGAAGUAGACCCGGAAGUGUGACCUUGCGGAGAAAGUUAUCUGUAGCAGAGGCUUGUGGGUGAUCAGUGCGAGCGCUACUAUGGGCGAUGUAUCUGAGCGCACUCUGCAGGUAGCCAUGCUCUUGUCUUUCGCCUCGGGGCUGCUGGUGGGCUGGCAAGCAAACCGUAUCCGGAGAAAGUACCUGGACUGGAAGAAGAAGAGGCUGCAGGACAAACUCGCAGAUACACAGAAGAGAAUAGACCUCUCCUAAAGCUGCAGGAUACUGGGACCUCUGACCUAUUAACUUCAGGGUUUCUUGAGGAGGUUAUAAAGAAAAACAAAUUACUGAUGUGAGCAUAAAUCGAAUCUCUAUUGUUUUUACAUAUGACUUUUGUAUAGAGACUCUAUUUUAAAUAUUUUCUAUGAAAAAGAAGUGGUGGACAUACAGAAAACACAGGUGUAUACAGUGACAGAAGAAGGAAUGCACCCCAAAAUGCUGUGCCAUAUGGGAUAGUAAUAAAAAUUGAAUCUGAGAAUA